UGCAGGUUUCUGAUCACUGCACCACUGUGAAAGAAACUUUUGGUUGUGUUGGGUCAGUGCAAGUCAGAUAGAAGCAUUUCACUUUGCACUUGGCCUAAUCUCUGCCGCCAUGGGAAAGAUCAUAUGUGCGACGCUACUAUGGAUGCUGCUUAUUGGAAAGCUUCAGGCAAGCAGUAAAUCCUCCUAUUGGGAAUUUAAGUCUGGCAUUGGCUACCCAUCUAAGUCACAACCCCAGUUUCCCAGCUACCCAUCCAAGCCCCAGCCGCAGCCCCAAUUUCCCAGCUACCCAUCCAAGCCCCAGCCGCAGCCCCAGUUUCCCAGCUACCCAUCCAAGCCGCAGCCCCAGUUUCCCAGCUACCCAUCCAAGCCCCAGCCGCAGCCCCAGUUUCCCAGCUACCCAUCCAAGCCGCAGCCCCAGUUUCCCAGCUACCCAUCCAAGCCCCAGCCGCAGCCCCAGUUUCCCAGCUACCCGUCCAAGCCCCAGCCGCAGCCCCAAUUUCCCAGCUAAACCCGUCAGCCC